AUGUCCCCUCUUCGUGGAUAUAUUACUUCAUACCCGCCACGCGUGCGCCAGUAUGGCAAUGCGUUGCUCACCCCAGUCUACCCGGUACAGACUGGCCCGACGCCGCGAACCACCAAGCGCGGAACGACCGCGAUCAAUUACGCCGAAGAUGGAUACGAUGAUGGUGAAUUUGAUGAAGAGAGUGAUGGCCUUCGGAGACCCACGGGGCUGAGAAGUCUCAGGCGUGAAGAAUCCUCUGGCGGUGCUGGUGCUGGUGGUGGCGUCCUGCCGGCAACCCAGAAACUAGGCAAAGAAGCGCAUGCGCCUGUAGAAGUGCAGGGAGUCUUUCGCGAAUGGAUGAUCAAGCGGAUGCUACGACCAGCAUGCGCGGAUCAAUUACAAAUCCAAGCCCAGCUGCCUCUUACCCUCGUUCCCAUUCGAAUUGAUGUCGAGGUUCCUGCUCACACACCUCUCGAACCUUUCCCUGUACCACGCGGUGCUGAUAACAGCCUCAACGGCCUCCUCAACCUUCCCGCAUACCGCCGUCCAGAGCCCCUGCCUCCUUUCCGAAUCAAGGAUACGUUCCUUUGGAACCUUCAUGAAGCGCUCGCGACACCAGAAGAGUUCGCUGUCGGAUUCGUUCGCGACCUCGAUCUACCGAAUCCGCAAGCGACGACAAUGACGAUCAGCAACCAGAUUCGCCAACAACUGGAAGAAUAUGCUGAAUUCUCUCGAGACACCUCUAUGACCCCCGCUGCUACCACGAAUGUUGCCACGCCUGACAGCCGUCCCAACGGAGCAUCAGUAACAGCCACGAAGGAAGCCUUAGUCAACGAUAGUCUACUUAACCCAGAUGAUGCGUAUCGUUGCCUGAUCAACCUCAACAUCAACUUACAAAAUAAGCUUUAUACCGACAAGUUCGAGUGGUCCUUAUUGCAUCCCCCCGGUAUGGCGGAGGACUUUGCCAAGAUCACUUGUGCAGACUUGCACCUCGGCGGCGAAUGGGUCAGCGCCAUUUCCCACGGUAUUUACGAGGCAGUCCUGAAGCUCAAGAAGGAGGUCUGCGAGAGUGGUGGCCUUGUGAGCGGGAUCAACGGCUACGGCAACGAGAUUGAUAACCAGGCUGCGAACGGUGUCGAGGCCGGUUGGCGGUAUGACCCUGAGACCCUCGGUGACGAAUGGGAACCCAAGGUCGAAACACUCUCCAAAGAUGAAAUCGAAAGACGAGAAGGCGAUCGUGAACGACAAAUCCGGCGCCUGCGCCGAGAGACUGCACGAUUCUCCUCUACUACCGGUAUUACUACCGGCACGCCAGAGGCGUCCAGGCAGAGCAGUGGUGGCUUCUUCGACGUCGACAGCGAGACUCCUCUCGGUAGGGGAGAGCGAAAAUAA